CAUAAAUCACUUCAAAUCGCAUUGGGCAGACCAUAGUUUAGACCUCUGUCAGCUUUAUACUGUACACCGUUGGAAGCUAAAGACAAACAUGAGAGUAUCCACCACUGAUCAACAUCCAGGGCGGAUGUUUCCAGAAGAACUCAGCCUCGGAGAUGAUCAUUUUCUCUUGAUGUGGCCUAAGCAUUUCCAUAUCAAAGACUUGCACGAAGUUUGCUUGCUAACACUGUUCGAAUUCGACCAACAUGGAUCGGUACAGUUGGAGUGGAUUAAAGACAAGCUGAACGGUUUCUCUGCGGCUGAUGAUACUUUUCGCCCCGAGUUCUUGGAAACCAUCGUUAUCUCACAUACAAGCAACUGUGAUCUCAGAAUCACAGAAGAGGCUCGAAUGUACCUCUUCGAGAAAGGUGCCACAGUUGUUACAGCUCGCCAGAUAGGAAUCGAUGACAUGAACCCUAAGUCGGGGCCAUAUCACUAUUCAGGAGAGAUUUUGAGGCCUCUGUGGAAACUGUAUGAAGAUACCCACGGCGCUUUUCUUCACACGCUUGUACCGGACGAGAAUAAUGAACUCCUCAAGCUUAGAACUUCAGGCUCGGUACCUCAGGUUUUGACUGUUGCGGUACCACCCAGAAUUCAAAGAGAUGGCGAGGAUGGGAAGCGUCCUUUACAGGGGUGGAGAAUUGCCAUCAAGGAUAACUUCUCAAUACAGAACGUUCGCACUUCAGCAUGUAACCGAGCUUACUACGAGCUCUAUCCGGCACCUUUGAAGAGCGCUACUUGUGUUCAGAAACUUAUCAAUGCAGGGGCACAUGUAGUAGGUACCACAAAGUUAGCAUCUUUCGCUGCAACUGAAGAGCCUAUGGAGUGUAUUGAUUGGAUCGCGCCGUGGAAUCCACGAGCGGAUGGAUACCAGUCCCCAGCAGGAAGUAGCAGUGGAAGUGGUGUAGCAAUCGCGGCCUACCCGUGGCUUGAUAUUGCUGUAGGAUCAGACACAAGUGGAAGUGGACGCCGUCCCGGCCAUUGGAACGGGUGUUUUGCCAUGCGACCAUCUCACGGAAAUCUAUCACAUGAAGGCCUUUUGAAAAGCUUUCCUCGUUUUGACGUCCCUACUUUCUUUGGACGAGACCUGGACAAGUGUAGGGUUUUCGCUGAAGCAUGGUAUGGAGACAGUCUGCAAGCAUGUUUUAACAAAUCGAAACCAUUUUCCCUCUUGUAUGCGUUGGAUUACAUGGCAACCAUUGGAAACCAAGAACAGCUGAAUUUGAUUGAUGCGUUUGUUUCAGAUCUCGAAGUUACACUCGAGGUACAGCAUGAAAGAAUUUCUUUCGAUGAAGCCUGGAAGUCGCAACCACCUCUGGAAGCAAAGGAUGCUACUCUUGCAGAAUACAUGAGAGAUGUCUCACGAGACUCAUUUUUCUUUGAAGAUUACCACAAUUUCGGACCCUUUCGGGAGGACUAUAGGCACAAGUUUGGCAAAGAUCCGUAUAUUAGUCCACCUGUCAGAUGGCAGUGGGAGCUGUCCUCACAUAUCACGCGACAGGCCAAUGUGGAGGCAUUGAAGAGACUGGAGGUCUACAAAGAUUGGUUUAGCAAGGUGGUCUUGAAAUCGGAACUACAAAACACGCUCAUACUAAUACCAAUCGAAGAGAUAUCACCGAGAUACCGAGAUGAACUGCCAACAAAGUAUUUCAAUCCAGUGGGAGUACCCAAUUUGUUCUUGUCACCAAUACUAAAAGCGCCCGAGCUUACGAUACCUAUUGGAGAAUACCCUUACCUCUCUAAGGUCAGCGGCAGGGUGGAGAAACUUCCCGUAGCGAUAUCCAUGAUAGCAGCACACGGUCACGACUUCGAUCUUUUCGAUGUAGCACUGACGUGUCUACGUCAGUCGGGGCGCCCAACACAGGUUCUAGCUGGAAACACUCUAUUCCCAGAGCCUUAACACGGGGGUUUCUGUUCACCAAGGGAUAGUUGCUUGACUUUUGGAUCGCAAUUCAGUGACUUUAUAUUGCGAUGUUGAUAUGCUCGCCCUUCAAAAAUCCGUUGACAUUCUUCUUAUUUUGAUUCCUUUUUAGGGACCCAAUGUACCUUCUAAGGCUGCGAUCGUGUCUCCAAAAUCGUAAUCUCCAGAGCAUUUAAAUUGUCAUUUGAAGAGGCGAUAAGAAGAUGAUUCUUGGGAGGUGUCAAGGACAUACAUUUUGCUUCAGGGGUGCACUGAUAUAUAUUAGCAUAGAACUGGAACGAGACACGUAGACAGUAUGAGUUCAGAUUUGC